CCCGGCUCGACCCAACUUAACCCGUUCGAUCGUAAAGCACAGCCCAAAAGGAACCCAGCAUCAUGUGCAAGCCCUUGUCCCUCAUCUCGAUGCUCGCCGUGCUCCUGCUGGCCAGCUCCCACUCGGCGCAGGCCGAGAGAACCGCCCAGCGUUGUGGCGAGAGGCUCAUGGAGAUUAUGGACAUGGUCUGCGAAUCGUUCACCCCCGUAGUGGAGCACAAAAAGCGCUCAAUGCCCGACAAUGACCUGGCCCUGGAUCCCCUCGAGUACGUGCAGAAGUUUGAGGAGGACAAUUCCAUUGCGGAGCCGGUGGCCAGUCAGCUCUUCCGCGGCAACUCCUUCGAGCGGGUCCUCAGCUCCCUGGCCGAGAUCCAGCGGCGAACGCGACAGCAGGGCAUCGUGGAUAGGUGCUGCAAGCACGCCUGCAAUCUGGCGGUCCUCCACGAAUACUGCCUCGUCCUCAAAAGCUAAAUUUGCGCAUACAGUACCCACGUCCCGUUCCGAAAAUUGACCGGCUCUACCUGAUUAUCCCUGGAUCUGGUUCCAAACCAUCCAUGUGAACAUAUACUCCGAAAAGUGUUUUUUUAUAUAGCUUGUUGCGUGUUGAAAUGUAUUAAACGAUCGUAAUGGAUUAAAUAUAUCCUGCUUUGGGCUUUAGCAAACAAA